GAAAGUUGGUUAAGGUUGCAGUAGGGGACGGUCCCAGUAUUGGACGGGCUGGGAGCCUUUUAACUAUCAAUGUAUCCCCCUUUUCAAAAGUUUCUACUUUAACUUGGGCAACGGAGGAAUAUGACAAGUCUGAUAGGCGCCUUUAGCACAACUUCUCAGCGCUGAGCGAGCGGAUUCUUCUUCAGAGGAGAAAAAUGAAGAAUAAAAACUUAAAGAGCCUGCCGAACCUCGCCGUGUUCAUAAUCCUCAUAUCGUCCCUGGUUCGGGACUCGGAGUCAGCGGCCUGCCAUGGCUGUGCGUCAGGAUCCAAGUGCGACUGCAGCGGAGUGAAAGGAGCCAAGGGGGAGAGAGGCCUUCCGGGACUUCAGGGCCAGCCAGGGGUGCCAGGUUUUCCUGGGCCAGAGGGUCCACUUGGACCCAAAGGGGAGAAGGGCGGCGAAGGGCCCCCCGGACCACCGGGUCCCAAAGGAAUCAGAGGACCUCCGGGGUUGCCAGGAUUCCCAGGAACUCCAGGAAUCCCGGGCCUUCCCGGACAAGACGGAGCCCCGGGACCCAGAGGACCUCCAGGAUGUAAUGGGACAAAGGGAGAACGAGGCUUUCCUGGACCGCCUGGAUUUUCCGGGUCUCCGGGGCAGAUGGGCCCUCCUGGUUUCCCAGGCGAGAAGGGUGACCCUGGUGACAUCAUCCCAGUGAAUCGCUUUGGGCAGAAGGGAGAACCCGGGCUACCCGGCCCUCCUGGUCUUCCUGGAAGCUCAGGACUUCCAGGAUUGGCUGGCCCAGUCGGGCCGCCUGGCCCCAGAGGUUUAGAGGGGUUUCCUGGACCUCCCGGCCCCCCAGGCCCCAAGGGUAAUAUGGGCUUGAAUUUCCAAGGACCGAAAGGGGAGAAGGGGGAACCAGGUCUGCGAGGGCCACCAGGCCCGCCGGGUCAGAUCGGGGAGGUGAAGAAGCCAAUGGACUCAGAGGUGCAGAAAGGAGAGAAGGGAGACCAGGGACCCCCUGGGCUACCCGGAGAGUCUGGUUUACCAGGACCACCUGGUCCAUCAAGGGGGCAGAAGGGUGAGAAGGGGGAACCAGGAGAGCCAGGAAAGAGGGGGAAACCCGGCAAAGAUGGCGACCCCGGACCCAUCGGCUUCCCGGGUGAAAAAGGAGACCCAGGUAUCCCAGGUUUUCCAGGGCGAGAUGGCCAAAGGGGUGAAAAGGGUGACCGUGGAUUCCCAGGACCUCCAGGCAUAGUGACUAAUGAAAUUGAAGUUGGUAGACCUGGACCUAAAGGUGAACCUGGACCUCCUGGUUUUCCGGGGAGAAAAGGAGACCAGGGACUUCCAGGUCUGCCUGGAUCUCCCGGACAGCCUGGGCUACCAGGUGUCGGGCUUCCUGGGCCCUCUGGCCAGCCUGGCUUUCCUGGAGAGCAGGGACAGAAGGGGGAUGAGGGAACCCCAGGUAUUUCCAUACCUGGCCCACCAGGCCAGCCUGGAGAAAUGGGUCUCCCAGGCCUGCAGGGACCCCCAGGACCACCAGGACCAACAAUAUCAGAUGGAGAAUGCCCUCCGGGGCCUCCAGGGCUGCCAGGUUUUCAAGGCGAACGAGGCUUUCCAGGAGAAGUGGGACAGAAAGGUGAAAAGGGGGAAACCUGUUUCAACUGCUUCACAGAGGUAGAUCCAGUGCCAGGGCCUCCAGGCCGACCUGGUCCCCCAGGAUUCCCAGGAAGUCCUGGGCUGCCAGGUCCCAAAGGUGACGUAGGGGUUCCAGGAAAUCCCGGUCUGACGGGGCCAGCUGGCCGACCAGGAGACCCAGGCUUGCCUGGAAUUCCAGGAGAGAAGGGAGAACCUGGAGAUGCCAUUUCUGUUGAUGGGAUAAAGGGGGAUAAAGGUGACCCAGGGUUCCCUGGUCCACCUGGGUUACCAGGCCUUGAUGGGAGACCUGGGCGUGACGGUGUCCCAGGCCCACCUGGACCAAAGGGGUUACUUGGUGCUUCAAUUAAAGGUGAACGUGGACCCACAGGACUGCCUGGUAGCCAGGGUCUUCCAGGAGAGAGAGGACCAACUGGACCACCAGGAUUUGGACCUCAGGGGCCACCUGGAGAGAAAGGUGUCCAGGGUGUGUCAGGCCGGACAGGGAACCCCGGUGUUCCAGGUCCUAAAGGUGAACCAGGCCAGACUCUGACAGAAAAGGGAGCCCCAGGUCCUAUGGGUCCACCUGGAGACACCGGUCCCCCAGGACCUCCAGGUUCUCCUGGUCAGCCUGGACAACCUGGGUUCCCAGGAUUACCUGGACCAAAGGGUGACCCAGGCCUACCCGGCAUUGGCCUACCUGGCCCACCAGGAGUAAAAGGUUUCCCCGGAGCUCCUGGCCCACCUGGAGCACUAGGGAUCCCAGGACGACCUGGCUUGGAUGGCCUGCCUGGUCAGCCUGGUCAACCGGGACCCAAGGGGGAGGCUGGGUUUGGAUUGCCAGGUCCCCCAGGGCCUCCAGGGCUCCCAGGCAGUAAGGGGCUCCUUGGUAUUAAGGGAGACCCUGGAUUCCCUGGUAACCCUGGCUCACCUGGACGUUCAGGUGUUGACGGCCCCCAGGGUUCCAAAGGUGACCCUGGUCGUCCUGGAUCACCUGGACCUCGAGGACCCCCAGGCCCUCCCUCCUUUGGCCUUCAGGGACCCCCUGGUCCCCCUGGUCCCCCUGGACCCAUGGGUCCUCCAGGUUUUCCUGGUGCAAAUGGCGAUAAGGGUGACCCUGGUCCACCAGGACUGGAUAUCCCAGGACUACCAGGAGACAGAGGCAACCCCGGCUUUCCUGGCACCCCUGGACCAGUUGGCCCUGCAGGCAACCCCGGACAACCAGGCCGUGAUGGCCAACCUGGGUUCCCUGGCCAGAAGGGUGAGAUGGGCACCAUGGGAACCCCUGGCCCGGUGGGUCCUCCAGGGAACCCCGGUGGUCCAGGAUUUCCUGGUCCUAAAGGAGAUGAUGGUUCCUCUGGGCGACCAGGCAGUCCAGGUGCUCUUGGGCUGAAAGGGGACAAAGGUGAUCCUGGAUUACCAGGCCCCCCAGGCCCAACACUGCCACCUUCUAUUCAUUCAAAAGGAGCUAAAGGAGAGCCAGGACCCCGAGGUUCACCUGGGCAGCCAGGUCAGAAGGGCAUCACUGGUCUACAAGGAGAUCCAGGUGCCCCAGGACAAGAUGGUGUCCCAGGAUUGCCCGGAGGACCAGGUCCAAAGGGAGAUCCUGGGUUUCCAGGUCAACCAGGUUCUUCCGGACCACCUGGGCCAAAAGGCAGUAUGGGAGAAAUGGGCCUUCCAGGCCCAUCUGGACUGAAGGGAAACCCAGGUCUGCCGGGUCGCUCUGGACAGCCUGGACAGCCGGGGUCCUCUGGACUUCCAGGCUCUAAGGGUGAUCCUGGGCCCCCGGGAACUGGCAUUCCAGGAUCCUCAGGGCCUAAGGGUGAUCCUGGCCAACCUGGUUUCCCUGGUAGUCCAGGACUAAAAGGACAGCCAGGUGUUCCGGGACUGCCAGGCUUACCAGGCAGCCCAGGAGCAAAAGGUGACCCCGGACCCCCUGGAUUCCAAGGAGCACCGGGUAUUCCUGGUCCAAAAGGUCAAGAUGGCCCCCCUGGGCCACCUGGAAUCAUUGGGCCUUCAGGACGUCCCGGAGAACCAGGGUUCCCAGGGCCUCCGGGACAACCUGGGGAAAAGGGUCAAGCUGGUCGUGAUGGCAUCCCUGGGCCAGCAGGAGAGAAAGGAGACCCAGGUGUUCCUGGCAUUGGAAAUCCCGGUCCCCCAGGGCUCCCUGGAUUACCAGGUCCAAAGGGUGACCCUGGAUUUCCUGGCACUGUGGGUCCUCCUGGAAUUCCUGGACCAAAGGGUGACCCAGGAUUUCCUGGUAUGCCAGGUAGCCCUGGUAACACUGGGCCUCCUGGGCCCCCCGGUCAGGCUUUACAAGGACCCAAAGGUAACUCAGGGCCCCCAGGCCCGCCAGGAAGAAGCGGUCCCCCAGGUCCGGAGGGACCCCGUGGCCCCCCAGGAAUUGGGGGGAUUAGAGGGGAGAAGGGAUUUCCUGGAAUCCCCGGUCAGCCUGGCCCUCAGGGACAGAAAGGAGAGGCUGGAUUCCCAGGUGUCUCGGGUCUUGACGGCCCUCCUGGCCCCCCGGGGCAGAAAGGUGACAUGGGAGUACCCGGAAUACCAGGCUUCAUAGGACUAAAGGGUCUGCCAGGUCCACCUGGUCCAAUAGGGUCCCCCGGAGAACUUGGAGACCCCGGACCCCCCGGACUUCCUGGAGAUCCAGGAGUGGCUCCUGCACCCAUUGUCCUGAAAGGAGAGCGAGGUCCCCCUGGAUCCCCUGGCCUGCCAGGUUCCCGUGGCCCCCCAGGACCAUCAGGAUUAGAGGGGCCGCCAGGUCAGCCAGGCAGCCCUGGGGACCCCGGCACUGACGGACCCCAAGGGUUCUCUGGACCAGCAGGACGCAAGGGGGAUCCUGGACCAUCUGGUCAGCCAGGCCAGCGUGGCUACCCAGGCCCACCAGGGUCAGAUGGGCCCCAGGGGCUCCCUGGCCUGCCUGGGACCGGCUCAGUGGCUCACGGCUUCCUGAUCACACGCCACAGCCAGACCACAGAUGUGCCGAUUUGUCCGGAGGGAACAAGCUUAAUCUAUGACGGUUACUCGCUGCUGUAUGUGCAGGGCAACGAGAGGGCUCAUGGGCAGGACCUGGGCACGGCAGGUAGCUGCCUGCCCCGGUUCAGCACCAUGCCCUUCAUGUUCUGCAACAUCAACAACGUCUGCAACUUCGCCUCCCGCAACGACUACUCCUACUGGCUGUCCACUCCAGAGUCAAUGCCUAUGAGCAUGGCGCCCAUCACCGGAGAGAGCAUAAAGCCCUUCAUCAGCAGGUGCACCGUGUGCGAGGCCCCAGCCAUGGUGAUCGCAGUCCACAGUCAGACCAUCCGGGUACCAAAAUGCCCAGACACUUGGGACGUGCUGUGGAUCGGUUACUCCUUCAUGAUGCACACCAGCGCAGGGGCAGAGGGCUCCGGUCAGGCCCUGGCAUCCCCUGGUUCCUGCCUGGAGGAGUUCCGCUCGGCCCCCUUCAUUGAGUGCCAUGGCCGGGGCACCUGUAAUUACUACGCCAACUCCUACAGCUUCUGGCUCGCCACCGUAGAUAGCUCAGAAAUGUUCAGGAAGCCCCAGGCAGAGACUCUGAAAGCAGGGGACUUGCUGACACGCGUGAGCCGCUGCGUAGUGUGCAUGAAGAGGACGUAACAGCGUGGAGCCGCUGGCGACGGGGGCGGGGCCGGGGGGAGGGCAGGUGACGAGCUGACACAGCAACGAAAUGCGGACAGCGAGCGCAACUUCAAUGGUGCAUUGUCUUCCAUUUCAAUUCCAUGGUGCUACUGUGCAACGCUGCAAAACUGAAAAUGACAUUUCUUUUUCAAGAAGUACCUCAGAAAGAAAUGAGAAAAAAAAAAC